AUAAUGUUAAGUACAUCCACAUUGUUGUGCAGCCAAUCUCUAGAACUAUCUUUAUCUUCUAAAUCUAGCACUAUAAACCCCAUUAAACAACUCUUCACCAUCCCUCUAUACCCCCGCCCAUGGCAGCCACUAUUUUUUUCUGUGAACUUGACUACUUUCAGUACCUCAUAGUAGAAUCAUACAAUAUUUCUCUUCUUGUGGCUGGCUUAUUUCACUUAACAUAAUGUCAUCAGCUUUCAUCCAUGUCUUACCAAGUGUCAGAAUUUUCUUCUUAAGGCUGAUUAAUGUUUCAUUGGAUGUAUACUAUUGUUUGUUCAUUUGUUGAUAGACAGUUGGAUUGUUUCCACCUUUUGGCACUUGUGAAUAAUGCUGCUGUGAACAAGGGUAUAUACAACUACCAUUUUUUGACACUAACUUUUUAUUUUAGAUGGGCGCUCUGGUUUUUUAAAAAUGAUAAAAGCAAAACAUGGCAAGCAAACCUUCGGCUGAUCUCUAAGUUUGAUACUGUUGAAGACUUUUGGGCUUUAUACAACCAUAUCCAAUUGUCUAGUAAUUUAAUGCCUGGCUGUGACUACUCACUUUUUAAGGAUGGUAUUGAGCCUAUGUGGGAAGAUGAGAAAAACAAACGGGGAGGACGAUGGCUAAUUACAUUGAACAAACAGCAGAGACGAAGUGACCUCGAUCGCUUUUGGCUAGAGACACUGCUGUGCCUUAUUGGAGAAUCUUUUGAUGACUACAGUGAUGAUGUAUGUGGAGCUGUUGUUAAUGUUAGAGCUAAAGGUGAUAAGAUAGCAAUAUGGACUACUGAAUGUGAAAACAGAGAAGCUGUUACACAUAUAGGGAGGGUAUAUAAGGAAAGGUUAGGACUUCCUCCAAAGAUAGUGAUUGGUUAUCAGUCCCAUGCAGACACAGCUACUAAGAGCGGCUCCACCACUAAAAAUAGGUUUGUUGUUUAAGAAGACACCUUCUGAGUAUUCUCAUAGGAGACUGCGUCAAGCAAUCGAGAUUUGGGAGCUGAACCAAAGCCUCUUCAAAAGCAGAGUGGACUGCAUUUAAAUUUGAUUUCCAUCUAAAUGUUGCUAAGAUAUAAGAGAAGUCUCAUUCGCCUUUGUCUUGUACUUCUGUGUUCAUAUAUUUUUUUUUUUUUUUUUAAUUUUGGCUAGAGUGUCCACUAUCCCAAUCAAAGAAUUACAGUACACAUUGUCCCCAGAAUCCAUAAAUGUGUUCCUGGCCCACUCUGUAAUAGUUCAGUAGAAUUACCAUUACAAACACAUUUUACCCAUCCAUGAUAUUCAAAAGACAAUUUGCAUUUCUAUACUUUACAGGGAAAAAGUUCUGUUUAUGUUCCAUUGGAUGCAGGAGCAUAUUUUGCUGGUUUGAAAGAGUAUGAUGCAUACAGUUUUCUAGCAAUUUUCUUUGUUUCUUUUUACAGCAGUGUCUUUGCUGUACUUUUGCUGAUGGCUGCUAGAUUUUAAUUUAUUUGUUUCCCUACUUGAUAACAUUAGUGAUUCUGAUUUCAGUUUUUCAUUUGUUUUGCUUUUGUUUUUUCCUCAUGUAACAUUGGUGAAGGAUCCAGGAAUAUGACACAAAGGUGGAAUAAACAUUAAUUUUGUGCAUUCUUUGGUAAUUUUUUUGUUUUUUGUAACUACCAAGCUUUGCUACAAAUUUAUGCAUUUCAUUCAAAUCAGUGAUCUAUGUUUGUGUGAUUUCCUAAACAUAAUUGUGGAUUAUUAAAAAAAUGUAACAUCAUAAUUACAUUCCUAACUAGAAGUAGUAUGUCUGUUUUUGUAUCUUUAUGCUGUAUUUUAACACUUUGUAUUAGGUUAUUUUGCUUUGGUUAAAAAUGGCUCAAGUAGAAAAGCGGUCCUAUUCAUUUUAAGACAGUGUACAAAACUGUAAAUAAAAUGUGUACAGUGAAUUGUCUUUUA